AUGACAGACGUCUUCAACAGUUUGCUACCCCCCGAUGAGGAUCUGGAGAAGCACAAGAAAUUCUCAACCACCGCCACGAGCAAAAUGCACUAUUUCGACGAUAUCAUUCCAUUCGGAGAGUUCGAGUGUCGGGAAGCACUAGAACGAGAGGUCAAACGGCACAGAUACUGGAAAAAUAAGACAGUUCGGAAAAUGAAUUUUGAUCGGAUAGAGACAUCGACAAGUAUUCAGUAUAUUCUGGAGUCUUUUACAGAAGCACGGUCAACUUCUGAAGCGAAUGAAGCAGCUAAUUUUGCAACGAUGAGCGAAGCUUCAUGUUCGCUGUCCGGAGGGGGCGGGGCUUUGAGUCCGUGGGAUUUUGAAGUGCUACCGAAUCAAUUGUUUGUUGAUCAGGUCCGCGUAUUUGAAAUGCCUGGCUCCAGCCAAAUCAAUCCCUGCUCCGCUUGCAACUCAGAAGGAACUAUCCACUGUUUUCACUGUAGAGGAUACGGUACUGAUAAGUGCUCGUUUUGUCGAGGAACCGGUAUGAAAUCUGGUGUCGCCCAUCCAGCAGUCUACACCCAUCCAAUGAUAGCCACAUUUCCUCACGCUGACCUCUCCCGUGGCUACGCAUCGUCUUCAACUGCAAUGGUUCGACAUGGUGGGUCUGGAAGUGGAGGCAACACUUACGGAAUUGGAACUCCCAUGCAUUUCAUGUCGAAAACCGGGGUUCCACCACCUGGAAUCGGGACCCACGAUCUUUGUUAUAUGUGUCAUGGUCGUGGAAUUAAGGAGUGCCAUCAUUGUAAGGGCGGUGGAAAGAAGCCGUGUACGUCGUGCUCUGGAACAGGAUCGGUUCGGAAUUAUACGAGGAUUAAAGUUUAUUUCAAAAACGAAAAAUCCGAGCACUACACGGAAUGUGAGAUUCCCGAAAAGUUACUGUUCCAAGCAGAGGGUAAACGAAUUUUUGAGGAAGAGCAGGAAUAUAUCAUCCCCAUCUCGAAAUACCCGCAAGAAGACGUGAACAACAUGUCGAAGCUCUUCUGCGCGCAACAUCUUCAGAAAUGCAUGGGAGUUUGUCGAGUGAUUCGGCAACGCCAUUACAUGAAUGCAAUUCCAAUCAGCAAAGUGCACUUCACUGUAGGCAAUGAGAAGGGAGUGUUUUAUGUGUACGGAACACAGAGGCUAUGCUAUUUCCCGAAUUUUCCGUCGAAAUGUGUGAUUUUGUAA